UUGGUGGCUUCUUGUUAUAUGCGCUGACCAGGAAUAAAACCCACAACCUUGGACUAGGGGGGCAAGGCUCCAACCAACUGGGUUACCAGGCCAGAGCAGUUUAUAUUACUUUUCACAAAUGUGAGUUUCAGAUAAACGAAUAGAUCUUUAGUAGGUCCCAAAUAUUACAUGGGACACAGCAUUAUUCAUUGUUUAUCUGGAAUUCACAUUUAACUGGGCGUCCUGUAUGGUGCCUGGCACCCAGACUCCUGCCCAUCCUGAGUUGCCUCCUCCCUUAGAGAGAGCCCAGCGAGGGCAGGUGCCCGUUCUGGUUCUCAGAAUGCACACAGUAGACGCUUGAUGUAUACUUGUGACAGAUGGAGCAGCUCAGAGACAGCGAAUGCAUUGUUAGUCCCUUUUCUACAAAGUUAAAAGCUGAGCAGGGCGGGGCGUGGGAGAAAAGAGAACUCAAGCCUUUCCGACCGAUUCUUUCCCAAAUGCAGGUGCUCUGCCCGCCCGCUCCAUCCAAGAACCGAAGAAUUGGCCAUGAGAAAGCGUCCCCGAGACCCCGCCCAGCCAGUGCCUGGAAUUCCACCGUCAGCUCUUCCUUCUGCUACGAUCCCACGUUCUCCUAAGUUAACCUGAAAACCGUGCGCGCGCCAGGGCAGCGGCGCCCCGGCUCCUGGGUCCGGGGCCACCAUCUUCGCGCUGAGCUCUGGCCAAGGCCGCUGUGGCAUCGCCGUGAUCCGGACCAGCGGCCCUGCCAGCGGGCACGCCCUCCGCAGCUUGACUGCACCCCGGGAGCUGCCCCGCGCCCGCAGCGCCAGCCUGCGCCUGCUCACCGACCCCCGCUCCGGGGAGCCGCUGGACCGCGCCUUAGUGCUCUGGUUCCCAGGUCCCCACAGUUUCACGGGUGAGGACUGUGCGGAGUUCCACGUGCAUGGAGGCCCGGCAGUGGGUGCCAGGGCUGCGGCCUGCGGAGGCGGGUGAGUUCACCAGACGGGCCUUUGCCCACGGGAAGCUGAGCUUGACGGAGGUGGAGGGGCUGGCGGAUCUGAUCCAUGCGGAGACGGAGGCGCAGCGGCGGCAGGCCCUGAGGCAGCUGGACGGGGAGCUGGGUCAGCUCUGCGGUGGCUGGGCAGAGACCCUCACUAAGGCUCUGGCCCAUGUGGAGGCCUAUAUCGACUUUGGGGAGGAUGACAACCUGGAGGAGGGCAUCCUGGAGCAAGGUGUGUUGGCCUGGGGGUCACGGCUGGGGACACCUGCAUUUCAGCCCCUAGAAGCCCCCUCCCUCCCUCCUCUCUUUCUUUCGUGCACAGCUGACAGCCAAGUGCGAGAGCUCGAAGUGGCACUGGACACACAUCUGCGAGAUGCUAGGCGCGGGCAGCGGCUGCGCUCAGGAGCGCACGUGGUGGUCACGGGACCCCCCAACGCGGGCAAGAGCAGCCUAGUAAACCUACUCAGCCGGAAGCCAGUGUCCAUCGUGUCCCCAGAGCCGGGGACCACCCGUGACGUGCUGGAGACCCCUGUCGACCUGGCCGGGUUCCCAGCGCUGCUGAGCGACACGGCAGGGUUGCGGGAGGGUCAGGGGCCGGUGGAGCAGGAGGGUGUGCGGCGCGCCCGAGAGAGGCUGGAGCAGGCUGACCUCAUCCUGGCCGUGCUCGACGCCUCUGACCUGGCCUCUCCAUCCAGCUGCAACUUCCUGGACACGGUUGUCACCCCCGCGGUAGCUCGGAGCCCCAAUGGGAACAGCCAGCGCCUCUUGCUGGUGCUGAACAAGUCGGACCUGCUGCCCCCUGGGGGUCCAGACCUCAGCCCUGAGCUGCCCCCCCACCUGCUGCUGUCCUGCCUGACCGGGGAGGGGCUGGACGGCCUCCUGGAGGCAUUGAGGAAGGAGCUGGCUAUAGUGUGUGGGAACCCAUCCACAGGCCCACCACUUCUGACGCGGGCAAGGCACCAACAUCACCUCCAGGGUUGCCUGGAUGCCCUUGGCCGCUACAAGCAAGCUACAGAUGUGGCCCUGGCCGCCGAGGCGCUGCGCGUCGCCCGGGGACACCUGGCCCGCCUCCACGGUGGAGGGGGCACCGAGGAGAUCCUGGACAUCAUCUUCCGGGACUUCUGCGUGGGCAAAUGAGGGGACCGCUGAAGCUUGAGCCAGGCUGGAUGGACACCCAGAGCCUGGAGACGCCUGGGAAUAGCUCAGGCCAAGCGAGGUUUUCAUUUCCUUGGGGAAGGCCUUGACCGCAAAACACGAGUGAGCUCCCUAUUGCUGAUGGUGACCACGCUCUAGCUGGCCAGGUUCCCCCACGGGGACUUGCUGGGGUUCAGGCCCUCGAGUGGGGCCGAGCAGAGGUCCCUUUGGGCACCUGAUCCUGCGGGAGUAGCCGUGAGGGUUGGGAGGGAGUUAGGAGAGUCUCAGGGGUCUGUUUUUCGUAGUUUUAAUGUAUUUUGUAAAUACCAAAGGAAAAAAAAUCUCAGGUGAUCCGGAAACGUGGAAACCCUCCCCCCACUGCCACUGGUGUCACAGCAUAACUUAUGUCCUUCUAGAACUUUCUUUGAGUGUUUGUAUACUUGUGAGUGCGCCUGUAAAAUAUGUUUUAUCUUGUGUAUUCUGCAAACUUUGUGUGUUUAUUGCUCUGCGGGUUAUCAUUCCUUUUUUAAUAUUAAUCUUGCAACUUUG